CCCAUCUGGAAAAAUGGCGCCUCCCGGUCCCCGAGAGUCCAAGGCCCAGUCGGCGACGAGCGCGACCAAGUCUGACGGGGAGAUGGUGCUGCCCGGCUUCCCCGAUGCAGACAGCUUCGUGAAGUUUGCUCUUGGGGCAGUGGUGGCAGUCACCAAGGCCUCUGGGGGCCUGCCACAGUUUGGUGAUGAGUAUGAUUUUUACCGAAGUUUUCCUGGCUUCCUGGCAUUUUGUGAAACACAGGGAGACAGGUUGCUUCAGUGCAUGAGUAGGGUAAUGCAGUACCAUGGGUGUCGAAGCAACAUUAAGGAUCAGAAUAAAGUGACUGAGCUGGAGGACAAGUUUGAUUUGCUAGUUGAUACCAAUGAUGUUAUUCUGGAAAGAGUGGGCAUUUUACUGGAUGAAGCAUCAGGUGUAAAUAAGAAUCAACAGCCUGUCCUCCCUGCAGGAUUGCAGGUCCCUAAAACCAUAGUGUCCAGCUGGAACCGGAAGGCAGGAGAAUGUAGCAAAAAAACAAAAUCUGAAACAUUCCGGCUGCUUCAUGCAAAAAACAUCAUCCGACCUCAGCUUAAAUUCCGAGAGAAGAUUGACAAUUCCAACACGCCAUUUCUUCCUAAAAUCUUCAUCAAGCCCAAUGCUCAGAAACCCCUCCCUCAGGCGCUCUCUAAAGAAAGGCGGGAGCGCCCGCAGGACCGACCUGAGGACUUGGAUGUCCCCCCAGCCCUGGCGGAUUUCAUCCAUCAGCAGAGAACCCAGCAGGUGGAGCAGGACAUGUUUGCACAUCCUUAUCAGUACGAACUAGAUCACUUCACUCCACCAGACUCAGUCCUUCAAAAGCCAGAGCCUCAGUUAUACAGACCUGUAGCAGAGACACCCUGCCACUUCGUGUCCUCGCUGGAUGAACUAGUGGAACUCAAUGAAAAGCUCCUGAAGUGUCAAGAAUUUGCUGUAGACUUGGAGCACCACUCUUACCGGAGCUUCCUAGGGCUCACCUGCCUGAUGCAGAUUUCUACCCGGACAGAAGACUUCAUCGUUGACACCCUGGAGCUUCGCAGUGACAUGUACAUUCUCAAUGAGAGCCUCACACACCCAGCUAUUGUUAAGGUCUUCCACGGUGCCGAUUCAGACAUAGAAUGGCUACAGAAGGACUUUGGGUUGUACGUGGUAAACAUGUUUGAUACCCAUCAGGCAGCACGCCUUCUUAACCUGGGCAGGCACUCCCUCGACCAUCUGCUGAAGCUCUACUGCAACGUGGAAUCAAACAAGCAAUAUCAGCUGGCCGACUGGAGAAUACGACCUCUGCCUGAGGAAAUGCUCAACUAUGCCCGAGAUGACACUCAUUACCUGCUUUACAUCUAUGAUAAGAUGAGGGUGGAGCUGUGGGAGCGCGGCAACGAGCAGCCCACGCAGCUGCAGGUGGAGUGGCAGCGGAGCCGUGACAUCUGCCUCAAGAAAUUCAUCAAACCUAUCUUCACGGAUGAAUCUUACCUGGAACUGUAUAGGAAGCAAAAGAAACAUCUCAACACACAGCAACUAACGGCCUUUCAGCUGCUGUUUGCCUGGAGGGAUAAGACAGCUCGCAGGGAAGAUGAAAGUUAUGGAUAUGUCCUGCCAAACCACAUGAUGCUAAAGAUAGCUGAGGAACUGCCCAAGGAGCCCCAGGGCAUCGUAGCCUGCUGCAACCCUGUGCCACCUCUUGUACGGCAGCAGAUCAAUGAAAUGCAUCUUUUAGUUCAGCAGGCGCGAGAGAUGCCCCUGCUCAAGUCUGAAGUUGCAGCUGGAGCGAGGAAGAACGGGCCACCACCCAACCCUGAGAGGUUGGAGAAUGCUCUCUUCGGCCCCCACGACUGCUCCCACGCCCCGUCAGAUGGCUGUCCUCUCAUUGCAACCAGUGGUAAUGAAAAGCCCUCUGGAAUAUCCUGGACAGCUGGGGCUGCCUGGUGUGCCAUCCCACAGGCUUCGACCGUGCUGACUUCCCUCCCUGUAGGGCCUGUGCCGGUGCAGAAGCAGGAGGGCCUCCCCACUGCCCAAGAAGAAGAGGAGGCCCUGCCGGACACCGGAUGCCUUAUCGCUACCGCUGUCAUCACGUUAUUUAACGAACCUAGUGCUGAAGACAAUGGAAAGAGUCCAUUAACAGUUGCACAGAAAAAAGCCCAGAACAUAAUGGAGUCCUUUGAAAAUCCAUUUCGGAUGUUUCUGCCUUCACUAGAAUCCCGGGCUCACGUUUCUCAGACAGCAAAGUUCGAUCCAUCUUCGAAAAUCUAUGAAAUCAGCAACCGCUGGAAGCUGGCAAGCCAGGUACAGGUACAAAAAGAAUCUAAAGAAACUGCCAAGAAGAAGGCAGCUGAGCAAACAGCUGCCCGGGACCAGGCCCAGGAGGAGUACAGAGCAGCAGCGGAGCAGGCCGUGUCCGUCCGCCAGCAGGCUGCCCUAGAGAACGCGGCCAAGAAGAGGGAACGAACAACAAGUGACCCGAGGACGACAGAACAGAAACAAGACAAGAAACGACUCAAAAUUUCCAAGAAGCUAAAAGACCCAGAUCCACCAGAAAAAGAUUUUACCCCAUAUGACUACAGCAAGUCGGAUUUCAAGGCUUUUGCUGGAGACAGCACAUCCACACCUUCUUCCCAGUUUGACCCAAAUAAGCAGCCACAGUCUGGCAAGAAAUGCACUGCAGCCAAAAAAAUUAAACAGUCGAUGGGAAACAAAAGCAUGUCCUUUCCAACUGGAAAGUCAGACAGAGGUUUCAGGUACAAUUGGCCAAAGAGAUAGUGUUGGAAGAGACCCUUGGGAUCCUCCCAUGGCCUGGAAGCACCAAGUGGUGGUGCUGGUUUUGUACAGACUCAUUUUUAAACCAUUAAAAAUAAUUCUUACUGG